AAGAUAAAAAAUGGCGCACAGAGCACAAAUCCCAGAAUGCUAAUGCUAACAGAGUGUACAGUAGGCUGUUUGUUUAUACUCAGUGUGGUGCACUUGAUGUAUAUAGUUUGUGAUUCGUCAUUGUGGUCAGAGCCAGUGUAAGUUCUCUUAGCUAAGCUGUCAGGGAGGUGUUUUUAUUUUUAUUUCAGCAACCACGAUAUUUAGCAGAAAUUGCUAGUUAGCAUGAUUAGCUCCCUGCACUGAGACUGUGGUGUGUUCCUGGUUUAUCCUUUACCAAAGUUUAAACUCAGCAUCAGAAAUGUGGGGCGAAAUCGAACCGUGCAUCAGUCCUGCCAGUCCUGCGCCCUGCGAGCCACACAGUGAUGUAUUGUCAGAGGAUGAGGACAGCAUGGACCAGUGCGCCAGUGAGCCCUCAAACCUCACUGCACAUGAUGUCAGUUCCAGUUCCAGCCCUCUGGAUGCCAUGAUGUCAGCCAUAGUGAUCAGUGGAAGUCCAGUAAAGAGCCAGCAGAUGGGAGAACCUGACCUUACUAUGGAGGAGAAAAAGCAGCUGCUGAUGGAGCAGUACAACACCAAGCCGGUCGUCUUUCUCGAGCGCUAUCACACUCAUUUAAAACCCGAGCAUCUGGUGGCCUUCUCGCACGUCAGCGGUGACUGUAGGACGCAGUAUUACUGUACCGAAGUUCAGAAACGAGCGUCAAGAUCGGCCAACAAGACCAGAGUGCGAAACCAUCGCUAUGCCGCUCUCCGUGCACUUCAGAAGGAGGGUCAGUACUUCAGCGAGGAGCAGAUGCGUUUUCGGCAGCCUCUUCUGUACGAGCAGUACAUCGGUCAGUAUCUCAGUGAGGAGGAGAUCCUGCAGCGGUCUGAAGAAGCCAUGCAGAAGGGCCCGGCUGGUCUCUCUGACCUACUCAUCGACUCUUAUCAGGAGCAACAGCUCCAGAAACGCCUGCAGGAGGAGCAGGGACAAGAGGACAGUGCUACCCAGGAGGAAGAGGAGGACGAUGAGGAGUCUCCACAGGCAGAAUGGAAACCGACAGCAGAAGAGAAAGUCAUGCUGAGAGAGGAGUUUCUGAGUCAAAUGCAUCAGCGCUUCCUAGAGGGCAAAGAUAAAGACUUUAAUUACAGCGAAGUGGAUGAGAACCCAGAUUACGACAACCUGGACAUUUUAAGUCAUGAUGCUGAAGAAAGGUACUUUGAUGAAGAGGAGGAACUUGAAGAGGAAGAGGAGGAACUUGAAGAGGAAGAGGAGGAGCAUGAGGGUGACAACAACUAAGGGGUUUUGGAAAUGUUUUUUGUAAAUUGCUGCAGUGUGUAGGGGCUUGUAGUGUGUACAAGUUUUCAAGUAUAUAUUUUUCUAAGAAGGUGAGUGACAUGGUGAGACACUUCCCAAUACAGUACUGCAUCCUCUAAGUGUAGUGUCCAGGUGACAUGGAUAAAUAUAUUUCCUACUUGUGUAAAUACUGUACAUUUAAGAACACCGGAACAUUUCUUUAAGAUUCUACUUUAAAAACAUGUUUACCGUCACAAAACCCUCAGUUUGUAAUUUUUUUAAGCGCACUCGGUUGCUGCUAAGACGACCUAUAGCAUCUAGAGUACUGGGGAAAAGUCUUGAGGCCCCGAAUUUCUUUGUUUUGCACCCAAAGAGACAGACAGACCUUCUUGUAUUUUUAAGGUAGUCUUGAGAAAUAGUUCUCCAGGCUUCAUUGAGGACUUUUUUUUUUUUUUUUGGUCAUCUCAUUAUUUUCAGUCCAGUCCCUAAUCUGUUUCAGAGGAAUGUUAAAACAUCAUAUGAUCAGGCUGGUGAUUAGUAUACUGCUGAUGCUGGAACAGACAAGAGGGAAAAGAAGGGCCGCUGCUGUAGUUGUUACAUAAAAAAAAAAAAAAAACAUUUUUAAAUUAAAUCUCUAGGCACUUUUCAUUUUUCCCCCAUUUCUCUAGUCUACAUUUAACUUAAUAUGAAGAAAUGACGACUCAAGAUUUCUGCCCAGUAAUGUAUAGAAAUCAGUUAAAACAAUGUACACCUUAAGGUUUGUUAGAAAGAAAGGUGGUAGAGCCUACUUCUGGGCCAAAGACUUAAACAUGUAAUCUACUGCAUGUGAAUAGUGUGAUUACAUUUCUAAAAAUCACAUUAGAAAAUCUGCUGAAGAGCUAGGUUUAUAUUGAGCAUCUUAGCUUAAUCUGACAUUUAACGUAAAGCAUGUUUGUAAUUCUAUAUCACAACCAUAAAUCACAAAAAUGUAAGUAAAAAAAUCUAUACCUGUAAAUAAAGGCAAGUCUAGCUUAGCAUUUAGUAUUUUCCAUAUUAAAAAUGCUGUUUGUCCUUCUAAUGACCUUACU